GCUUUUAGGGAAUGUGGGUAAGGACCGCCCUAUUGGUGUCUUUUGUUGCGAUAUCCGUAGUAACAAGUGAAGCAGGCAGCAAGGAGAAAUUGCAACAAGUUGUGGUUCCCCCAAUUUCUGACGAAAAGCAGAAACAGGAUGUUGCUACCGUGGCAAAGGAGCAACCACCUUUUAAAGCGUCACUUAAGGAUCUCGACUUGUAUGGAAUAGAAUUUUACCAUGGAUUUCUUGCUUCGCUCUCCGUCAUUAUCGUAUCAGAGCUGGGUGAUAAAACUUGGUUCAUAGCAGUUAUUAUGGCUAUGCGACAUUCACGACUGACAGUAUUUACCGGCGCUAUGACCGCACUUGCGUUGAUGACGGUGUUGUCAGCUUGUCUUGGAUGGGUAACACAACUGAUACCUCGUCAAGUGACAUAUUAUGUCUCCACAGCGCUUUUCGCCUUGUUUGGACUCAAAAUGCUUCACGAAGGCUACCAUAUGUCACCCAGUGAAGGACAGGAGGAGUUUGAAGAGGCACAAGCCGAAGUUGCUAGACGAGUGGUAAAUCUAGAUGCAGCUAAAUUUGUGGAUAUGGAAGCAGGAAGAGCCGGGCAAACUCAGCAGUCAUCCUCAGCGUGGCUUGUAUUUUCGUUUGCUUCACGAAUUUUUAUCGAAGCCUUUACGAUGACUUUUGUGGCCGAAUGGGGCGAUCGGUCACAGCUCACUACUAUCAUCCUUGCUGCUCGAGAAAAUAUAGCUGGAGUCAUUAGUGGAGGUAUUCUCGGUCAUGCCAUAUGUACAGGAAUAGCAGUUAUUGGCGGUAAAUUGGUUGCUCAAAGGAUCUCAGUUAGAACAGUCACCAUCGUUGGCGGUGUUGUAUUUUUGAUAUUCGCUUUAUCUACAUUCUUCAUCAAGGACGAUGAUAAUACUCCGGCCUAUCAAGGCUUAUUAGAGCUCUCUCCUGUUCAAAUUGCGCUGCAAGGGAUUGAAAUAUUGUUGAAAUUUGCUAUUUCUACUUCGGCUAGAGUUUUUGAAUCCGUUUCUCAUUUUUUUAAUUUGUAACGUCCCUUUUUGUAUGCAACAGACGGAUUGAAAGUACUUGCAUAUUGCUUUUUAUCCCUUGUGCAGCGAAGGCACUAAAGGUCGCUGGUAUGGACAUCGUAAAGAAAGAAGGACUUACAAGCUGACUGUGUUCAGUCACUCUUCAUUCAACUCUCAUGUUCAAGACCAAUAUUCUUUCUUUAUGGUUGUUCAUGCGCACAAUUUUCAGACGGCUAAGCUUUACAUUUGUUACUGCUAUACUUGCAUUGAUUCUUCAUCUCGAUGACCUUAUUGCUCUUUUCUCUAGCGCCAUACAGAUUCGUAAUUAAUCAUCAGCCCAGUUAAACUCUAGAGUAAAGGUGAAAGAAUAUGUGAUAUAGCGAAUGUCAGUGCACGUCGUUUCUCUCAGUGAAUUGAGUGGUGUUGUCGGGUACUAAUUGUUACAAAUGUAUCAUUAUCACUAUUGCGUGAUCGAGAUCUACUCUUGGCUUCUACUAAUUGUCAUUAGUUCAGUGCGAGAUAUGGAUUUAUGCGUUCCGUUAGUACCUUUUCACUGGUAGUUGGUUAAUGACGGCGGCGAUUUAACAGUAUUCUGGAAUUGGUCUUGUUAUUUGUUUUUUAGGUGAAUAGCAUUUUCAUUUCGAAAGUUUUUUUUCAUUCAAAUCGUAGGAAAAUACAGCAAUAACAAUGUUUGGAGAUUUACGAGGUGAUUGUUGAUUUUUUUUCUUGCUUACUUGCGUCUGAGUAAAGCAUACUCUGAUAUUCACUAAUGCUCGGACUAGUUGAAUUAUUGCUCUCGGUUUUGUGAUUGCUGCAACGAAUAAAUUGUCCGAUUA